AUGAGCUGGUCACAAAAUUAUGACUUCACUAAGGUGCCUCUGGGCCUAAGGCGGUGCAGGACUGCUAUAAAAGGCAGCCCAAGUCUCUGUGCUCUCAUCCACUUCUCUCACCUCCUUCUCCUCAGGAAUCAGCUGCAGCGCCAGGCUCCAGACAUGUCCUGCCCUGAGAAGUGCCAGCAGUGCCAGCCCUGCAACCCUUGCUGCCAGCCCUGCGGCCCCUGCCCGCUGGCCAACAGCUGCAAUGAGUGCUGUGUCAGGCAGUGCCAGGACUCCCAUGUGGCCAUUCAGCCGCCUGCUGUGCUGGUGACCCUGCCUGGCCCCAUCCUCAGCUCCUUCCCACAGAACACCGCCGUGGGAUCCUCCACCUCCGCUGCCGUUGGCAACAUCCUCAGCUGUGGUGGAGUGCCCAUCAGCUCCGGGGGCUUUGACCUCUCCUGCAUCACCAACUGCUAUGGUGGCAGCAGAUGCCGUCCCUGCUAA